AUGCCCGACACCGAAGAAGCAACCGGCGGCACCGCGCCAACAGCACCAGUACAAGUUAUCACAGCGACGAGAAAUCUCAAAUCUCAACCAUUCAACCCGGGAGAUGACCCAAUCGGCACAGGUAAAGCGUGGGACGACUGGCUCGAAGAAAUCGAGCGCGAAUUCAGAUAUUUCAAGAUUACGGAACCCCUCGACAAGAAAGGUGCACUCAUCAUUUAUGGCGGGAAGGAAAUCGCUCGUCUGGAGAAAAGCUUACCAAACCCAACGGAUGGCGGUAACGACUAUGAGAAGCUGAGGAAAAAGCUGAACGACUACUUCAAACCCAAGAAGAAUAAACACCACGCAAGAUAUGUAUUCCUCAAAAUGAGACCAGCACAUGGCGAAACAACGAACGCGUACGCUGCGCGUUUAAGAGAGAAAGCCAACGACUGCGAAUUUGAAGCAAACUGCGAUGAACGAAUCCUAGAACACCUCAUCCAGACAACACAGAAUCGUUCGCUAAUCCAGAACGCUAUUAAUAAGAAAUGGGAUUUAACACAGUUCCUCACCGAAGCUGCACAAAUCGAAGACACAACACUUCAAAUAAGCGACAUGAAAAUUCCCCAAGAUGUGAAGAAGGUCGUAAGACAGUCUGGAAAGUGGCAUCCGCCCAAGAAAGAUGGAAAAGACAAGAAAAAGCAACCAUGUGGAUACUGUGGACAAACAGGCACACACGAGGAAGGCAAAAACUGUCCAGCAUAUGGGAAGAAAUGUAUGAAAUGCCAGAAGUUUAACCACUUUAGCUCAGUAUGCAAGUUCAGAGGACCUCCCAACAGCAAGAAAAGCCAUGGGCACAAACACAGUCGAAAACCACCAGAAACCUCGAGGGACAAGCACCGUGUCAAGCGAACCACAGAAGAAGAUGCUGAUAACUCAACAAGUUCUGAUGACGAAUUUUUCUGCCAAGCUGUACGUCAUCUUAAGCAGGUGAAGAAAAUCAAAACAGAUAACGAGAGCAGAACUGUGUCAGUGAAGAUAGAAGAUGUUGAUGUUAGAGUUGAGCCGGACAGUGGUGCAGAGGUGAAUGUUAUGGACGAACACCAAUUCAAGGCAUUGGCAAAUCGAUCAAGCGUAAAGCCAACACUACAUCCAAGCAGAGUGAAGCUGAGUACCUUACAAAGUGAGCUUCCCGUGAAAGGAGAAUUCACAGCGACCGUAAGGAACCAGACCUGCGGAGCAGUCGUAAGAUUUGUUGUGGUCAGGGGUAGAAUCAAUUCCCCACCGCUCAUCAGCAAAGACACCCUCAAAGAGCUAGGUAUGCUACAGAUCCGCGAAGAUGGCUCUUUCGCCGAGACCAAUGACCUGAGAAUCCAGGAAGAGUUGCCAGACAUCAAGAGUGUCAAGCAAGCUGUAAUACUCAAUCCCGAAAUCAAAGCAAUCACUGAUCGAUACAGCGAUGUAUUCAAGGGCAUUGGGAAGAUACGAGACAUCAAGAAUGGAAAAGAGUUCUAUGCUAAAUUCAGCAUGAGACCAGAAGCUGCUCCUGUAGCCCAGAAACCAAGACCAGUCGCAUAUUAUUUGCAAGAUCCCUCAAAGAAAUGGCUUGAACAGUGUGUAGAAGAGGAGAUAUUUGAAGAGGUGCCUGAAGGUGAACCAGUAACAUGGUGCUCUCCAUUAGUAGUUCAGCCAAAGCCAAAGUUCAGCAGCGUAGAUAAGGAAGACCUAGAACCACACAUGAUUAGGGCCAGCGUGGACCUCAGGAUACCCAACCAACUCAUGGAGAGACACAGGAUAACCCAAGGAACGGUUGUUGAGGACUUUAUGUACAAGUUCCACGACUGUACCAUCUUCUCCAAAUUUGACACGAAGCAGGGGUACCACCAACUGCUUCUCGAUCCAGAAUCCAGAAAAGUCGCUACCUUCAGCACACCAUGGGGGAACAUGCGACCAAAACGUCUAAUCUUUGGAGCAAAAACAUCGCAAGGUCUCUUUGAUGAAGCUAUCUACCGAAUUUUCGGAGACAUACCAAGGUGCCUCAACCAGCGCGAUGAUAUCCUGAUAGGAGGGAAAGACAUAGAAGAUUGGAAGCCGUUCUGCAGAGAGCAACAGAUUUUGGUGUCACUUUCAACCCUGAGAAAUGCCAAUUCGGAGUGGAAGAGAUAG